CUGCUGAGUCUGGGUCUCCUUGAGAGUGUGUGUGUGUGUGUGCGUGCGCGCGUGUGUGUGUGCGCAUGUACGUUUUUGUCUGGGCUUCCCCGACGCUGAGCCGAGCACACACUUGGAUCCCACAUCUCUGCUGAGCAGCAUCUGAGGACGAGGAAGAAGAGGGGGGCCAUGGAGCACAGCCACAUCUUCACCCUACUGCCUCCCCCCAACAGCAGCGCCUGGAGCCCGGGACAGCAGCCGGCCGACACUCCCCAAGGGUGCCCUCUCGGACCGCUGCCCGUCAUCUACUACAGUGCCCUGCUGUGCCUCGGCCUGCCUGCGAACAUCCUCACCGUGAUCAUCCUGUCCCAGCUGGUGUUGCACCGUCAGAAGUCCUCCUACAACUACCUGCUGGCGCUCGCCGCCGCCGACAUCCUGGUCCUGCUGCUCAUCGUCUUCGUCGACUUCAUCCUGGAGGACUUCAUUAUGGGCGUGCCCCUUCCCCCAUCCAUCAACAAGGCGGUCCAGGUCCUGGAGUUCUCGUCCAUCCACACCUCCAUUUGGAUCACGGUGCCCCUGACCGUCGACCGCUACAUUGCCGUCUGUCACCCGCUGAGGUAUCACACCGUUUCCUACCCGGCCCGCACGCGCCGCGUCAUCAUGGCCGUCUACGUGGGGUGUUUGGUGUCUGCGGCGCCCUACUACUGGUGGCCUGAGCUCUGGCAUGGCUUACCCGGGGGUGGAGGGGCAACGGGAGGCGGGGGAGGGGGGAGCAGCAGCAGCGCUGCGCAGCACGUGCUAGUCUGGGUCCACUGCACGACUGUUUACAUCCUCCCCUGCUCGGUCUUCUUUUCCCUCAACGCCGUGAUCGUCAGGAAGCUCCGGCGCCGACGGAGCUGCUUCCGCCUCCGCGGCUACUCCACGGGCAAGACCACCGCCAUCCUGUUCGCCAUCACCUCCGUGUUCGCCGUGCUCUGGGCACCUCGCACCAUCGUAAUCCUCUACCACCUCUACACGCCGCCGCCGGCGUCCCCGGGCCCAGCGCGCCUCCUGCACCUGCUCACCGACGUGGCGAACAUGCUGGCGCUCCUUAACACUGGGGUCAACUUCUUCCUCUACUGCUUCAUCAGCAAGCGUUUCCGGAGCAUGGCGGCCACCGUCCUCCGGACACUCUUCCGGUGCCGGAAGCAGCCUCCGCCAUUCUACGCCGGACACAACUUCUCCAUCACCAGUAGCCCCUGGAUCUCCCCAGCCAACUCCCACUGCAUCAAGAUGCUCGUGUACCAGUACGAUAAGAAUGGCAAGCCUGUCUGCAUAUCCUCAUGAGGAGGUUGAACAGUUAAAGGGGUGAAGACGGGGGCGUAAUCGGGUGCCGUUUCCCCUGACGACCAACCUCGAUGAUGAUCCCUUUCCGGGACUUUAAGCUUUUCAAAUGUCACAGACAUUUAGAGUGUAGGACUGGAGAGGUGGAAGAGACCAGGGAGGAGAGAUAACAUGGUCUGUAGUUAAUGUAUGAACACACAGCCAUCUAGCUACCUGAAGUUAGAGAGAGGAGGUUCGUACUAAGAAGACAAGCCAAGAAACAUCGGAACCCACCUCAAAACCUAGAAGCGGUUUCAAGGAAGAUCCACUUGUUCUUGCAAGAAGAGCAAUCAAAAAGACUGAUGGUUCAGCUUGGUUGACGUCCUGUCUCUUUGACUGUAAUAUUCUUCAGGCAGUGUCUGACGAUGAUCAUGGACGGACGAAAGCAUUAACAUUAUGGUUGCUGGAUAUUUCUGGAUUUUAUUGCCAGCCAUUUGAAAACGGCAAUAGAGACUGACCACUGAGGAACCCCCUAGUGACACAACAACCUCGUUUUGACAUUGGGACAUUUUUACUGGCAUUUCUGUAGAGCAUGGGAUGGGGGAAAGGUGGAGGGGAAUUCGGGAGAAUAAAUCAGAACAGCUGGCCAUCGUCCAUGGGGAACCCUGUCAAGUGAAAAGUUAAUUGCAAACUCAGAGAGACCUGUCACCCUUGAAGUGGCAUGGAUGACAUUGACAUGUCCUUAGUUUUGCCUUUAGCUGAGUUGUUUCACCAUUAACGUGUGGCCUGACACGCCACAAAUUAGUACUGGCAUUCCCUGUUACAUGUGCAGGCAGAAGCAGAAGGUCUUAGAGGUGUGUCUGAGAUUACAAGGGAUUUUUUUAAUAAAAAAAACAAAACUUGCAGAUUUUUAAAUGUUCUCGGUGAGUAAGUCUUUUCGAAGAUGGAAAGGAUUGGCCAAGCUGAAGCUUUGAAAGAUAACCCCUGAAUCAACAGCAAACUCACAGGGUUUCAUAGGGGUAUGAGUAGGGCUGCUCAUUGUUGUCAUGGCGAAGUAUCAAAGAACAGUAGACUUGACUGUUACUAUAAUUUCUAAGACUUUAGUGGUCUUUCAUUUCAAAAACUUGAGCACACAAAGCAACACAUUUGAUUAGGGUUAUCAACUGAUUAUCAACCCUUUCUGUUCAUUCAGGUGUGCUAGUUGUUGUAGUGCUGGGUUAAAAUAAACACCUGCAUACAUUGUGUGUCUCCAGGACCAGGAUUGAAGUAUGCACAAUAAUGACGCAAAAAUACCUUGUCAUAGUGGUUUCAUGGGAUCAUUACCAUUCAUGUAGAAAGAAGACAUUUCUACCAUUUGUUUCUAGUAUUCAAUGCCUGUCUUUGAUGACUGUCUUAGUCAAAUCAGAAUGAAUGUGUUUGUGCAGCUCCCUCAGCCUCUUAAAUGUAUAUGGUUGAAUAUAGAGACAAAUGAUGUGUGUAUGUGUGUGUGUGUGCAUGGUUGCGUUUAUAUGCAUGUGUGUGUGU